AUGGCCACGCGGAUAUACUUUGGCCUCUUCGUUGCGGAGUCCAAGUUCCGCUCGGAGCGCGAGACGGCAACUGCACUGAUAAAGGCGCGCGAUCGCGAUGGCCUCAUGGCGUUCAUCACGAAACCUGAGGUCGAGAGAAAGAACGUCCAGCGCGUCGUACUCAAGGCGAGGACGUUCUCCCAGACCAUCGCCUCCGCCGAGGGGGGCCAGCAGGUCCCCGACAGCAGCUCCCAGACGUCGUACAAAGUGAACCCAGAGUUUGUGGGUAGGGUCUUUGAGGAAUGGAUUAUGCCUCUCACCAAGGAUGUGGAGGUGGAGUACCUGCUGGCCAGGCUCGACGGCGAGCCCAGCGCUGAGAGCCGGUGA